GACGGGAGCGGUCCCGGCCCGGGCGCGGAGCGGGGCGGUAUGGCGAGCCUGGUCCCCGCCGCCGCUUCGUCUCCCGCCGGGGCUGCGUCCCGCAGCAAGAAGCGCCCGGCGAGCCCGGGUACCGGCGGCGGCCCCGCUAAGAAGAAGAAGGCGACAGCGCCUGGCGGCUCACAGAGUGCAGGUGGAGAGGCUGUGAGUGAAAAUAAACUUCUGAACACAGACGCCAGCACAGGAUCAGUGGAAACUACUGCCAAGCCGUUACCAUUCAAAGACCCAAACUUCGUCCACUCCGGCAUUGGUGGAGCAGCAGCUGGCAAGAAGAACAGAACAUGGAAGAACCUAAAACAAAUUCUUGCUUCUGAAAGGGCAUUGCCAUGGCAACUAAAUGAUCCUAGCUAUUUUAAUAUUGAUGCUCCUCCUUCUUUUAAACCUGCUAAGAAAUACUCAGACAUCUCAGGACUUCCGGCAAAUUACACAGACCCACAGAGCAAGCUGAGAUUUAGUACUAUCGAAGAAUUUGCCUAUAUUCGGAUGCUCCCUUCAGAUGUGGUUACAGGAUACCUGGCUCUAAGGAAAGCAACAAGUAUUGUUUCCUGAACAGACUAAAUAUUCUUGUAUAUUGCUUGUGAACAGUGCUC